UUGUUGUAUUUAUUUUAAAAAUACUUACUUUUAUUUUGACAUGAGUAAAACCGGAAGGAAGGUCUGUGGCACAGUGAGCUACAGACGAAGAAAACGCAGUGUGCGGCAGACGAGGUUAACGCGCACAUGUGUCGGUGAUGGCAUCUUCUAGUUUUUCUUUAUUGUUGCUUAAUUUUUCAUGGUGUUUGCUGUAAAUGUGUACAAGUUGAAGAAUCAUAUUUUGACUAUGAAGAUUGCUUCUGGGGAAUGACUCUGCCGUUGAUUGAGAAGCAGGCUAAAGUGUUCUACGGUGUUAAUAAACAUCUGUUAAGGAAACCGGAGUCUCGCAUUCAAUCAAUGGGCGGCACAGUAGAACACUGCUGUUUCGGGAAAGGCUCCGAGCGGAUGAAGACGGACUAGCUGCAGGCCACGUGCGGUAAUGGAGAGGCCACGUGAACUGUUCGUGUGACUUCAAAGGGCAAGCAGACAAGGCUACACAAGCGAGCACGUAGACGAGAACUGUCUCGAUAGUAGCGCAAGUACUGCCAUAAUUGCUCACGGACAUUUAAUGUGGGUUUUUUUUUCUUAAAGUGGCAUUGGACAUUCCUUUUCCUGCAGUUGGUUAUCUAAUAAGAAUCCAAGAAACUAAGUAGAUAAGUAAAUGUAACCUUCCCCCAGUUGAAUCUAAGAUGGUUUAAGUUAAUAUCAAAGUAUUUUGCAUACAAGUGAGUUUUCAUAUGUAGACUUUGCCAAGAGGUAUUUAUUUUUACACUGUUAAUUGCCUCUUUAUUACUCGGUCAUUGAAGUGUGUUAUUAUGAAACUGUAGUGUUUAUUGUGCAGUUUUCAGAGGUAAAGUUAAGGUAAUCAAAGAGAUUUAUAUUUUAUUUUUCAACAUUUCAUGCUAUUUUAUAGUUGCACACAUUAGAGUUUAGAAUACAUUUAUUCAAAUUUUGACACAUUUAAAGCUGUACAUUCAAUAUGUCACGCUCAAAAGAAUACACUUUUCCUCCAACUGAAAAGGUCAGUCAUGGAGACCUUCAAGAGGACAGUGAAGCAGAGCAAACGACCCUAUCACAGCAAGCUGACGCUGUUAAGCAAGUUGAAGACACAGUGCAGGACAUACAAUCUCAGGUUGGUGAAGAUGACACACAACUGCCUCCUGUAAUUAGGAAAUCUGGACGUACACAAAGGCUAACUGAAAAGGGAAAGGCUCUGUUAGAUGAAAAAACGAAGGAUCUAAAUGCGAGUUUUGUAAAGAUGUACAGAAGGUGGAAGUAUCACAUCAAUGGCUUAAAACGGUCCAUUAAGAAUAAUGAUGCUGAUGAUCUGAUUGAUGAGAUUAUAAAUGCAAUCAAUACCAUCCAAGUUGACAUGGACAAUACUUACCUCAAAAUAAGAGCCAUUUCAAGUCCUGAACCUGACAUUCGAAGAAUGAAUGAUACAUGCCAGGCAUUCACUAGGAUUGCAAAUACAAAUGUUCAACAUUUCCGCAGUGGUGAUGAUUCAGAAUUCAUAUCUUGGCCUGAUGCUAAGUCAGUGUUUGACAGCACCGUAUCUAGUGUUUCCUCAGUUCAAACCGCUAAGUCAAAGGCUUCUUCCAAAGUAUCCAGACACUCUUCCAUCCUCUCCCUUAAUGCAAAACAAGCGGCAGCUGAAGUUGUAGCUACGCAAGAGGUGAUAAAGAUAACAAAUGCACAACGUCAGCAGAAAGAAGAAAUUCAAAGACUUGAGGUGGAAGACCAAAUCUUGAAGGCUGAAAGAGAAGCUAAAGAAAGGGAAAUUGAAGCAGAAAGUGCUAAAAAAAGAGCUCAGUUUAUAGCAGAAAGUGCUGAUAGAAAAAUAAAGCUGGAAGGGAAAAGAAGAGAAGUAGAGCGGCUAGAAGAACUUAAAGGGCAUGUUGCAGCUCAAGCAAGACUGCAGGUUUAUUCAGAAUCUGUCGAUCCACCACUUGCACUUAACCCUUUAAUGGAUCCAUUUUUCCCCUCCUAUCAAGCACCAGUCUCCCAAGCUCUUCCUGUGCAACAAGUCAAGUCCAGUCAAGUCCAUCACCCACAUGAGGUCACAGCCGCUAAAAACCCAAUCCCAUAUCCCUCCAUGUACACCUCAUGUUCUGCUCCACAGCCAGACACAUUUUCUCAAGUCCCUGUAAGUCAAGUCAUCACUCCAACUGCACUUCCACUUAUGCAACAAGCACCAACCACUCAGGCUCUGUUUACUUCUCAUGAAACUUCCAAUGAUCUUGUGAGAACUCUAGCUGAAGCAAUCACAGCUAAUCGAUUUCCUAUUCCAGAACCUGAAGUUUUCAAAGGAGAUCCUCUCAAGUACAACGAUUGGAAGCUUUCCUUUGCUACUCUGAUUGAUCGCAAGAACCUGCUAACUCAAGAAAAGCUCUUCUUUCUACGCAGGUAUGUCGGCGGCUCAGCCAAGAGAGCUAUUGAAGGCCAUUUCCUUGUAGGAACAGAAGCAGCUUAUCGUGCUGCCUGGAAUGUACUUGAAGAAAGAUUUGGUAAUCCAUUCAUAGUUGCCAAGUCAUAUCGGGACAAGAUACAUGCAUGGCAUAAAAUCGCCCCCAAAGACAGUGAAAAUCUUCGUGAGUUUGUUGAUUUCUUGAUCAGUGUUGAAGCAGCUAUGCCAUAUGUUCAAGGUCUACAAACUCUCAACGACUGUGUGGAAAACCAAAGGAUUACUGUCAAGCUCCCGGAUUGGCUGAGCUCACGCUGGAAUAGAGAAGCCACGAUUUAUCAAGAUGGACACCAAAUGUUCCCUGACUUCAAAUACUUCGUAAGAUUUCUCAACAUGGAGGCUCGAAUUGCAUGUAACCCCAUCACAUCAUUAUAUGCUGUCAAGCCUACUGAACAAGAAAGAUCAAAGCCAACCGAACGAGAACAGUUUAAGUAUCAACGAAAUCAAAACUUGAGUGCUAAGACUUUUACCAUUAAUACAAGUGAGAAGACAAGCAGCACGUGCAUGUUUUGCAAAAGGAAAGGCCAUACUCUCCAUAGGUGUCUCAAGAUUCGGGAAAAACCAGUUGAAGAAAGAGUUAAGUUUGUACAAUUGGAGAAAUUAUGUUUUGGCUGCCUUGGGAUUGGCCAUAACUCCAGAGCUUGUACAUCCAGGAGUGUAUGUGACCUAUGUGGAAAACGUCACCCCACUUGCUUGCAUCAAGAUCGUGAGAAGAAAGACCAAGAGCAAGGAAACAAGUACCAACAGUCUGAACCGAUUGAAAUACAACAAGCUACUUCUAAUCGAGUUGUGCAAGAGAAGAGCACCACCUAUACUUCAUCUAUCGUUCCAGUCUAUGUCUCCACGACAAUGGAACCAGACAAGGAAGUUUUAGUGUAUGCUUUACUUGAUAGUCAGAGCGACACCACGUUCAUUCUGAAGGAGGCAGCUGUAACAUUGGGUGCCAAGAGAGAGCCAGUAAAACUCAAAGUGUCCACGAUAACAUCAAAAACAAAGGUGGUGAAUAGCCAAAAGGUGCAAGGACUACAGGUAAGAGGCAUCAGCUCUGACACUAAAAUCAAACUCCCAACAACUUAUACCAGAGAUUACAUACCAGCAAACAGAUCCCAUAUACCCACAAGUACAACUGCAAGAUCCUGGCCUCACUUAGAGCAUUUGGCGGAUGAGAUGUCUCCUGAGCUUGACUGUGAAGUGGGAUUGUUAAUCGGCUAUAACUGUCCACAAGCCUUACUUCCCAGAGAGGUCAUCAUGGGCAAUGAAACCCAGCCAUAUGCACAAAGGUCUGUGUUGGGUUGGAGCAUUAUUGGCUACAGCAGACCUGUAAUUGACUAUGCUGAUGAAGAUGAAAUUGGUGUGAGUCACCGGAUCAUCAUAAAGAAAGUUCAGCCAGCCACUAAGCCCUCUUCUGAGCUCAAGUCUGAGGUUCAUUUUGUUUAUAGGACUCAAGUGAAGGAAAUGAUCACUCCAGCAGAUAUACUCAAGGUCUUUGAGUCAGAUUUUACUGAGAAGUUCAGUGAAGAAUCUCUAAUCUCACAAGAAGAUAUUAAGUUCUUGGUGAAGCUAAAGGAGAGAAUCAAGCAGAAGGCAAAUGGGCAUUACGAAAUGCCAUUGCCUUUCAAGGAAGAGAGGCCAAGUCUGCCAAACAACAAGGUGUGUGCAGAACAUAGACUCAAAUGUCUGGGGAAGCGUCUUAAGAAAGACAGUCAAUAUCACAAGGAUUAUGUGGCCUUUAUGGAGGACGUAAUAGCAAGAGGUGACGCUGAAAAGGUUCCAGAGUCAGAGGUGAUCAAUCAGAACACGUGGUAUAUCCCUCACCAUGGGGUUUACCACCCCAAAAGCCAGGAAAGAUUCGUGUGGUAUUUGAUUGUUCAGCUAAGUUUCAGAAUACAUCAUUGA